UCUGAAGGUACACAGGCAGUGGGCCACUCUGGACUAAACACAAUGGAGCUGUGCAGUGAGAAUGGAGACAGACGUGUAGGCCCCGGAGUUUGGAAAACAGAAGGGGGAGUUAAUGAACAUACCUAUGAAGACUUUAAGAAUGAAAACACUGAAAUGGUCAUUGCUGUUGUUUCAGGUGAUUGUGUGAGGCAGAAAUCUUGUUAUAUUAAGAAAGAAGAGGAGCUCUUCGUUAAAGAGAAGGUCACAGAAACUGAACUUUCAUCUGCUAUAAACAACACAGAGAGUCCAGAUGAAGUUCUAAUAAAUGACAGGAAUGUUAAGGAGAGCAAUUCGCCGUGGACUUUGGAAGUCACACACUUGUCACCUCUGCUAGAUUGUGGGUCUGCAGGUGAGCCUUCAAUUAAGGAGGAAGUGGGAACUGAAUUAAAACCAAGAGUACAUGAGGGAGAUCUGAAACAGACAUUAAAGGAUCUGCAUACCUCAAAAGAAAGUCCAAAGAGCUUCAGGAAAACACAGCACUUUCAGAUCCCAGAGAGGAGUCCCACAGGAAAAAAAUCCAAUCAGUGUGCUGAAUGUGGAAAGACAUUCACUGUGGCAUGGAGCCUUAAAGAGCACCAAAGAAUUCACACAGGAGAAAAACCGUUCCAGUGUACCGAGUGUGGGAAGGCUUUCAGUAGGAAUUCAAACCUUAAAGCGCACCAAAGGACUCACACAGGAGUUAAACCACAUCUGUGUUCAGAAUGCGGGAAGACGUACAGUAGGGCGACCCAGCUUAAAAUUCAUCAGAGAAUUCACCUGAGAAGAACACUGCCUCAGGAUUCAUGUAGCCCUCCUGAUAGUACAAACCUGAUAGCCCACUCUGGACUCGACACCUUGGAUUUGUGCAGCCAGAAUGUAGCCAGAGGUGCAGGCCCUGGGGUUUUGAAAAUCGAAGAGAGGGUCACUAAGCAGAUAUAUGGAGACCUUAAGGAAGAAGAUACUUCAGUGGACAUUGAUGGGGUUUCAGAUGAUUGUGUGAAGCAGCAGUCUGUUGAUAUUAGAAAUGAGGAGGAACAGCUCAUAUUUAAGAUGAUGGUCACAGGAAUGGAAUUUUUGUCAGCAACUAAAAAUGAGGAGCAUGUAGAUGAAGAUCUAAUAACUGACCUCACAGUUAAGGAGAGCCACCUGGGGAGGACUUUGGAGGGCAAUCGGUCAUCAUCUCCACAAGUGUGUGGGUCUCCAGAUGAGCCUGUGAAUGAGAAGAAGUUAGGAAUUGAGUUAGAAGAGAAAGUGAGUGAGGAGCAGGCUGUAAAGGAUCUGCACACCUCUGAUAGAAAUUUGAAGAUCUUCAGUGAAAGGCAACACCUACUAAGUUACAAGGGAAAAAAAUCCCAUCCAUGUACUGAAUGUGGAAAAGUGUUCACCAUGACCUCAAGCCUGAAAUACCACCAAAGAGUUCACACAGCAAACUUUAAACUGCGUCAAGGAAUUCAGAGCGGGAAAAAAACGUUCAAGUGUUCAGAAUGUGGAGCUUUUUUCAUGUCGUGGUCGCAGCUUAAAAUUCAUCAGGGGAUUCACACAGGACUUGAAGAUAGAAGACCCUCAGAACAUCCUCAAUUUCUUGCAGAUAAAGAAAUAACAAUUGGCCCUCCUGGAGGUAUAGAGGUGAUGGUCCCUUCUGGACUUGACACUUUGGCCCAGUACAGUUGGAAUAUAGACAGAGGUGCAGGCCCUGGGGUUUUGAGAAAUGAAGAGGGGGCCACUGAGCAGAUUUACAGGAACGUUAAGGAAGAAGACACUCCAGUGGACAUCGCUAGGAUUUCAGAGGUUUGUGUCAAGCGAAUGGAAAUUUUGUCAGCUUCUAGACACGAGGAGUGUGCAGAUGAAGACCUGAUAACUGAUCUAAAAGUUAAGGAGAAGGAUCUGGAGUGGACUUUAGAAGGUAGCCUGUCAUCAUCGCAGCAAAUGUGUGUGUCUGGGCCUGUUAAUGAGAAGAAGGUAGGAAUUGAAUUACAAGUGAAAGCAAGUGAGGUACAGGCUGGUGAGGAUCAGCACAUCUCUGUAGAACUUUUACAAAUGCCCAGUGAAAGACGACACCUAAAAAUCAAACAAAAACCCCAUCAGUGUACUGAAUGCGGGAAAGCAUUCACCAUGGCCUCAAGCCUGAAAUACCACCAAAGAGUUCACAUGGGUGAAAAGCCAUACAAGUGUACUGAGUGUGGUAAGACGUUCACCGUGGCUUCAAGGUUGAAAUACCACCAAGGAGUUCACAAAGGAGAAAACAAACACCAAUGUAUUGAGUGUGGGAAGACUUUCAGCAGGGCCACAAACCUGAAAGCACACAAAAGAGUUCACACGGGAGAAAAACCAUUCCAGUGUACUGAAUGUGGGAAGACGUUCAGGUGGGCAAAGUACCUCCGCAUCCAUCACAGACGUCACACAGGAGAAAAACCGUAUCGGUGUAAAGAGUGUGGAAAAACCUUCAUCAGGAAGGCAAACUUUAAAUUGCAUCAGGGAAUUCACACUGGCAAAAAAACGUUCCAGUGUGCAGAAUGUGGAGUGUUUUUCAUGUGGCCAUCACAGCUUAAAAUUCAUCGGAGGACCCACACAGGAUUUGAGGGUAGAAGAACCUCAAAAUUUCCUCAGGUUCUUGCAGAUAAAGAAGUAACCAUCGAUGAUCCAGAAGAGACUUCCCAAGGCACAGAAGGAAAGUCUCCUUCAGACCUCAGGCUGGAGGCUGUCUCUGCUCAAAGAGCCGAAGGUGCUUGCUUUUUGAAAACUGAACCAGGGAUCCCAGACAAAGUUUAUGUUCAGCAAAAAGACACCCAGACGUUUCAUUUUGGGUUUUCAGAGAUAGAAGUGGAACAGGAAUCCAUCAGCAUUAAAAAGGAGACGACACCCAAUAUUAAAGAGGAAGACUCCUCCACUAUUACAGACAGUGUAGCCCUAAAUUCCUCAUCUGAAAAUGCAGAGACUACUUCUACCAUUCAGGAGAGCAAUCCAAGGGAGUUGGGGUUGAGAAGGCCAAUUUCCUUUCUGAAGCCUAAUGGUUGUGGAUAUGAACACACAGAUAUUAAGCAGCUACGACAUCAACCUGGUGACAAUGAGCUUCACAGUUCUGGUGAAAUGUCAACGAUAUUCAAUAAUUUACACCAUCAUGAAAUACCCCAUAAAACUCAUAAAGAAGAGAAACCAGAACAAACCUCUGCAUGUGGAAAGAAUUUAAAAAGUCCUACAGUCACUGAACAUCACGUGAAUAUUCACUCAAGUGAGACUUCCUACCAGUGUGACAAAUGUGGAAAGAGUUUCAUAAAUCAUAAAGUCUUUAAGUGUCACCUGAAAAUCCACACUGGAGAAAAGCUGCUGCAGUGUACCAAAUGUGGAAUGACUUUCCUCUACAAUUCAGACCUUGAACGCCACCAGACAGUUCACACAAAGGAGAAGCCUUACCAGUGUAGUGAAUGUGGAAAGAGUUUCAGACUUCCUAAUAUAUAUACAAAUCACAUGAAGAUCCACACUGGAGAAAUGCUGCCCCAGUGUGCUGAAUGUGGAAGGAGUUUCCUCUCCAUUUCAGACCUUAGACGUCACCAGACCAUUCACACUGGGGAGAAACCUCACCAAUGUAGUGAAUGUGGAAAGGGUUUCAGAAAUCAUAGCAUAUACAAGAAUCACAUGAAAAUCCAUACCGGAGAAAAGCUGCACCGAUGUACGGAAUGUGGAAGAGGUUUCCUCUACAAUUCAGACCUUAGACGCCACCAGAUAGUUCACACAGGAGAGAAGCCCCACCAAUGUAAUCAGUGUGGAAAGAGUUUCACACAGGGUUCGACUCUUAAACGCCACCAGGCACUACACUCAGAAGAAAGAUCUUACAUGUGUGGUGAAUGCGGGGAAAGUUUCAGAUUGGCUUUAGAACUUACACGGCAUGUGAAAAUUCAUCCUGGAGAUAAGACCUCCCAAAGUAGCAGAGGUGAAAAGAGUUGUGUACUUCGUGCGGACCUUUCACACCACCAGGAACUACACACUGAGGAAAAUCCUUCACAAAAUACCAAAUUGGGAAACCGUGUUGUGCCGAGUUCAGACUUUACAUGUCACCAAGAAAGGCACACUGUGAAAAAACCUUAUGAAGGUAGUGGAUGGGGAAAGAGCUUUGGAUAUCAGAUAGUCUUUAAAUAUCACAUGAAAAUUAACACCGGAAAAAAGCCACACCAAUGUACUGAAUGUGGAAGGAGUUUCCGCUACAAUUCAGACUUCAUUCGUCACCAGAGAGUUCACACUGGAGAAAGACCUUAUCAAUGCAGUGAAUGCGGAAAGCGAUUCACACAGGGUGGAGCCCUUAGACGACACCAAGCACUUCACUCAAUGGAAAGACCUUACGCGUGUGAUGAAUGUGGAAAAAGCUUCAGACUGGCUUUAGAACUUAAACGUCAUAUGAAAAUGCAUCCUGUAGAGAAACCUUUCCGGUGUAAUGAAUGUGGAACGGGGUUUCUACUGAGUACAGACCUUACACGUCACCAGAAGAUCCACACACAGGAAAAACCUCACCAAUGUAGUGAAUGUGGGAAAAGUUUCAGACAUCAUAAUGCAUAUAAAAAUCACAUGAAAAUUCACAACGGGGAAAAGCCACACCAGUGCACUGAAUGUGAAAAGAGUUUCCGAUUCAUUUCAGGUCUUAGACGUCACCAAAGCGCACACACUGGAAAAAAAAACCAUACCAAUGUUAUGAAUGUGGAAGGAGCUUCUCACGGGAUUCACAACUUAGACGACAUCAGGCAUUUCACUUAGGAAAAAAAACAUCACCUGAGAUGAGUGAGCAAAACAGUUGAUGGCAUAUGAAAACCGAUUCUGGAUUUAAAUAACAAAUGAGGAAAGAAUUUUCCACACUAUUUAGACUUUAGAUGUCAGCAGAGAGUUCAUCCAUGGGGUAAGAGUCGCACUGUAAUGAAUGUGGAAAGAGUUUUGCAAAGGAUUGAACCCUUGAAAAACAUACACAGGUCCAUAAAUAUUUGGACAGACACAACUUCUUUCUAAUUCUGGUUCUGUACGUCACCACAAUGAAUUUUAAAUGAAACAACUCCGAUGCAGUUGAAGUGCAGACUUUCAGCUUUAAUUC